AAGAUGUCUAGUAGUCAGAAUCAAGAUAAUGUAUACAGAUGUACAAAAACAUUUCAUUGCUUUAUCUGAUAAAAGCUAGCUAUAGACGAGAGAGCUUAUAUGGACAUCAUUAUCAUCAUGAAGUAUCUAUAUAGAAACUUGUUCAUCGCAACUUUGAUUCUCCUUACAUUCGCUUUAAUAGGAUUGUACCAUUGUAAAAUAAAGACAGUGAAGGAAGCGGAAUUCAUCAGAAGAAACCAUUUCAUCAAUGAUGGGAAACUAUGUCCAAAUUGUCGAAAUAUGUCUAUUCAUUUUGGAACGAACAAGGACAAUUGGAAUGCACCACAUCUACUCUUUGAAGCUAAUAAUAAAAAGACAAUUGCUCAGAAAAAUAUAUUUUUCUUGAAGCUUCAUAAAACGGCAAGUUCUACAAUCCAAAAUAUCUUCAUGCGGUAUGCUGACAAUAAUAAUCUAAACAUUGCCCUGCCAGUUGGUGUUAAUAAUAAUCUAUUGGGAUAUCCCAGAACAUUUUCAACCGACUUUAUACAGAAGUCCAGUAAUGAAAUUAAUAUAAUGUGUCACCACCUCCUCUUUAAUGGAAAUGUUUCUAAAGUGAUACCAAAGGAUACUAAAUUUAUCACAAUAAUUCGACAUCCAGAUACACAAUUCCUUUCAUCAUAUGAUUAUUUUCAUUUGGAAAAAUGCUAUUCUCAUCUUAGAAUUCAGCAUAUUGAGGAUUUUGUUCGAAAUGUGACCAGUAAGGGGUUUAAAGGACAGCAAUGUACUACUAAGGGUAUAUUCGUUUCACCAAAGAAUGGCAUGUUAUUUGAUUUUGGGGUACCACAUGACAGAAUGAACAAUAACACUUUUAUUAAGAAUAAAAUCAUGGAAAUCAAUGCCAGAUUUGAUUUGGUGAUGUUAUCGGAGUACAUAGACGAAUCACUUGUUCUAAUGAGAGAUAUACUGGGCUGGAGAACAGAGGAAAUUAUAUACUUCACAAAAAUCCAAAAUAUUAAAUCCAGAAAACCUAUAUCUACAAAAACCAGGAAUUCCCUUAGAGAGUGGAACAAUGGUGACAUGCAGUUGUAUAAGUACUUUAAUACAUCCUUUUGGAAAAGGGUAAAUAUAUAUGGAUAUGACAGACUAAAAACAGAAGUUGGUAAAUUUCGUCAAAUGAAAACGAAAUGGGAAAAUAUAUGCAUUAAAGAUAUAGUCCCAGGGGAUAAAGUUGAAGAUCCUGAAUUAAAAGUAGGUCACAAAGAUGAGGAUGUCCUAGCAUAUAAAUUGAGAGAGGAGGCAAAAGACAUACAACUGUGUAAACAACUUGCAAUGCAAGAAAAACCAUAUACAGCAAAGUUGAAACAAAAAAUGUUUACUCUUGGGAACACAUAGCAUUAUGAAUGAUUCAAUAGUACUAUACUAUUGAUCCCUUCACAACUUCAACUUCCACUAAAUAAAAUAUGAGUGUACAAAAAUUUACAACAAAAUAUAAACAAUAGACUGUGUGGAUGUUAAUUUGCCUGCUCUUUUGUCAAAAGACAAUCACUGCUCAAUGAGGCCCUGUAUGAAAUAAAUAUAAUUUGCUAUGUACUCUUAAACAGAGAACUCUUUGGUUAUUGAAAACUCAUUCUUGCAUAUUCUGCCUUGAUAUUCCAGAAUUUAUGCACAA